AAAAGCCGAUCAAAAUUAAAUUUAACAUAAUAUUAAUGUGUCCGUUAUAUCUAAAUGAAUCAGUUAUGUGAAGAUCUUUUACUAUUGUAAAAUUAUUAUAUCCUAUGCAUUAUUCCUAAGUCCUUUAUAAGGUCUUUAUUGUAGAGCUUACAAGGUUCAAAUGAAUUAACCAAAAAGUGUUUUUUGUUGAUUUCCUAUUGAGAAGAAGCUAAUUAAAGAUUCUUUUUUGCUCAAGCCACUUACUAGCCAAUAAUCAAAAACUGACUGCCAAAAAAACCAAUUAAUAAUAUAAUAGACAUUUCUACAGAGGCCUUUCUAUGGGCCGAACAAAGCAAAAUCCUAAAAAAAGAGAAGACCUCUUUCUUGGAAGUUGCAGCUUAAGCACCCUAGGUGAAUUCGUCCCGUACUGCUACAAGAAAAAACUGAAAAAACAAUCAACAAAGACCCCCAGCAUCCCUUAUUAUCGAUUAGAUAUUGUCCGGGAGGAUAAUAAGUUAUUUUAUUUAGGGGAAAUACUUAUAGGGCACACUAGUAAUGUUUGUCCGGAAAUAAUAGAUGAAUGUAAAAUUGGUUUUAAGAAUGAUGAAGAACAGAACUCUGUGAUGUUGGAUUGUGGAGAGCAGCUUGUGGUUGUUACUGUAUUUAGUGAUGUGCAUUUUUUGAAAGAUUUUGUCCUCGCAAAAGUAUUUUCAUUUGAUAUAUAUGCACAGGACGAUAACGUAUUCUUUAAAGUUUAUUUUACCAAUUUACCUCCACCAAGAUGUUCAAAUAAGAUUUCCAAAGUGAUUAAGGCAGCUUUUGAGUUGUUUUACGGCAUAACUCUGUCAGAUAAAUCAUUGGGCAAUAAUAGUAAUAUACAACAUAGCUUAACAAAUGUAGAACUCAACGAGUUAUAUGAUAAAAUUGUUAAGACAAGGCCAAAAUGUGAAUAUACAAGUUUAGAUGCUGAGAAACUUGAUUUAUUAAGGCCAAAAUUGAGACCUUACCAAGAGCAAGCUGUACAAUGGAUGAUUCAUAGAGAAACUGUAACAAAUAAGACUAAUGGAAACAUACACCCUUUGUACCAAAAAGUGUGUUUAAAAUCUGGCCUCAAUGUAUAUGUGGAUAUUCACACUGGUUGGGUGGAAAAAGAGCCUCCACUGGUCACAAGUGAUUGGAAGGGUGGAAUUCUGGCUGAUGAAAUGGGUUUGGGCAAAACCGUUGAAGUUUUAGCCCUCAUUUUGAGCCAUAGAGAUGAAAAUGCCCAUAUAAAAGACCCGUUAGAGCAAGAGACUAAUGAAUUAAAAAUCACAUAUCAAACAAAAAAAAACAAACAGCCGAGAGAUGACGAUAUAGUUAUAAUUGAAGAAAAGAGAGUUAAAGUUGAUCCAGAACUGUCAGUUGAGAAGGCCUCGGCAAGAAAGUCUGCCACUUUUAUAGCUCUACAGUCGAUGUAUAAUCGAACAUUAUCUGAAUAUUGCACUACCGGACCAAGAAGACAAUCUGAGAAUUAUGGAGUACAAUGUAUUUGUGGCAGUAUUAACGAAAAAGACAGUAUUCAAUGCACAUUAUGCAAAAAACUGCAACACACUUCUUGUCUGGGUUACCAAAGACGCAUGGGUCCCUAUAAGUGCCCCCAGUGCUGGGAAAAUGUCGAUCCAAUUUCUUCUGGGGCCACCCUAAUAGUCGCCCCAUCAAACUUGAGGCAUCAGUGGUGUAAAGAGAUGAAAAGCCACCUGAAACCCGGCUUACGGAUCCUGAACUACGAGGGGUACAGCGCCACCCCAGUUUACCCCACCGAACUCCAAAACUACGACAUAGUGAUAACCACUUAUAGCGUACUACAAAGCGAGUUAAGACUUACGGAAACUGGACAAUCUUUUAAGCUUAGGAGGCAACGGAAAUAUUGGCCCGGUAGCAGUCCGUUGGUGAAAGUGAAAUGGUGGCGGUUGUGCCUUGAUGAGGCCCAAGCGGUAGAAACGCCGGGUCGCGUGGUGUCCGUUAUGGCCGGCAAAAUACCGGCGGUACACCGGUGGGCCGUUACUGGGACCCCGAUGGCCAAAGGAGUCGCUGACCUGUUUGGACUGAUUGAUUACUUACAAAUGGAACCUUACAAGGAUCCCGAAACCUGGAGGUACAUCUUAUACGAUCCAUACCUAAAAGGAAAACCGGAGGCCAUGUACGACUUUCUAUCCAGAGUUUUGUGGAGGACUUCUAAGGAUUCCGUGUUGGCUCAAAUAAAUAUUCCGGCACAAAUGAAAGAGUUGCACCUCUUAGAGUUCUCGGCGGUGGAAAAGUUCUUUUACGGUAAGGAACACGAGAUUUGCGGCAAGGAGUUUUUGCAUAUAGCCUCUAAGUACGAGGAUGAGCUGCCGCUGGAAAAGAUGAACCGAAGCGACUUGAAAAACUUGAUGGCUCCUCUGUUUGCGUUGAGACAGGCCUGCUCGGAUCCGAGCGCUGUAAGGGGAAAGGGACGGUAUUUGUCCUUGAAAAAGGAUACCACGUCCAUGAAGGACUUAUUGGACGCCCUUAUUUUGAAGAACAAAAACGAUUGCGAGGAGAGUUUAAGGGUUAUGAUUAGUUCGAUUAAUGGAUUAGCUGGGAUAUAUUUGCUUAGCAACCAACCGGACUGCGCCAUAGACGAAUACCGAAAAGUGCUGCAACUCGCUGCCAAAUUCUCCAAAGAAGAAAAGGAAGGAAAGUUUCAUAUAGAUAAAUUACCAUUGAUUCAUUGCAUGUACAACCUGGCCGAAGUAUUUAAAACGCAUCCUCCGAAGGAACCAACCCUAAGGGACGACACUUUGGCUCAAGAUUGUGCUGCACUAGAGACUCAGUACAUCACGAAAUUCAUGAACGAAAGUGCCUCAGCCAAAGAAUCCUGGGAGCAAGUGAACACCGCAGUGUUCCAACACGAGGAGCAUUUUAUGUUAAAACACGGUCAAUGGUAUUCCGAGGGUUUCGAUUGGAUAGAGAUACACAACUUGGAGCAGGAUUUUAUUUCGAGGGCGAAAAUGAACGCUGAUAAUGCGAACGUCGAUUGUAAGAUAAGUGGUGAGUCCUCACGUUAUUUAUUAAGAAAAAUCUACCUCUGGCACGAAACACUAGAAGAGUUUAGAGAAACCCUUAUAAAUGCCAUAGAGGUCAUCUACAAACAAGAUCCAGAAACUAAACAGAUCGUUAUAUCGCAAGGGUUAGUGGAAAAGGCGAUGAAUUGCCAUUUACGCAGGCAACAAACUAAAACGAAGAAAAAGGGGCCGAAUUGUCUUAUCUGUGUGGCAAAUGGUAAACUGAAAAACUACGAGGCCCAACUGUUUACCAUGAAGAAAAGAACUCAGAUCUUCGAAGAGAUGAGCCUGGAAGGCAGUUGGAAACCCAAGCUGGAAGAAUUACUGCUCAAAGCCCUCUUGGGUCUACUGAAAGCGAAAAAUUGCAAACCGGAAUGGAUCAAAGACGGAGAAACUCACAUUUCCCUUAUUGACACCUUAAAAAAGGAAUUUAAGGAAAUCCGAAAACUGUGGACCCAUCUGGACCAGCAGGUAUGCGCCCAGGACGAACUGGACAUUUGCAAAGUGCGACUUCAAUUUAAAACGGACGAUGGCUGCUUGAAGACUAAUAGGGCGUUAAAGAACUUGAGUUACGACCAAAAGAUCACGCACGAGAACAUUAAUUUGAUUUUACCAUCUGAGAUUCCGCAUCAAGAAUUAACGUUGAAAUCUGAAGAGAGAACGCAGAGUUGUAAGCUAGACGCUCUUUUGGGGACAAGGAAUUAUUUAGAAACGUUAAAGCAGCAACAAUUCGAGGGAUACACCCCUGAUCCUUGCCCUAUUUGCAGGGGUGCACUGGUUAAUACGUGGGUGAUAUUAAUGUGCGGACACACGUAUUGUAUGGAGUGUUUUCAAACACUUUUAGGAAAGGUAACAGAUCAUAUCCAUUGUUGCGUAUGUCGUGCAAAACAGAACCUCCAAGACGUUUCCUAUAUAAAAAGUAGCGCCCACGUCGCGGAAAACAACCCCGUAGAAGAAAUACAAUUAGCGCAACAGUACUCCCGUAAAGUCGAGGAUGUCGUGCGGUUAAUUUUGAAAUUGAGAAGACGAGACCCGUUGGUGAAGAUCCUGUUGUUUUCUACGUUUAAACACGUUUUAAAACUGCUGAGGAGGGCCUUGGAGGAGAACGAUAUCGAGGCGGAACUAGCGGAUGCCAGUUCCGCAUUCGAGAAGAGGAUAGCCAGCUUUAAGGACCCUUUAAAAAAAAUAACGGUCCUACUCCUACCGAUCCGCUUAGGUUCCAAGGGCCUAAACUUAAUAGAGGCGACCCACGUGGUACUGCUGGAACCCCUUCUAAAUCCCGCCGAUGAACUGCAAGCGAUUGGCAGGGUACACAGAAUUGGCCAGACCAAGCCUACGUUCGUGCAUAAAUUUUUAAUAAAAAACACCAUUGAAGAGUCGGUUUAUAAUGCCACUAGUGCCAACUCGGACGGGUGGGAGCGAGGGAGGAUUACAGUUGGACAGCUGAAGGGUUUGUUUAAUAAUAAUAAUGAUGCAAGUGAUGAGGUUUCAACGGAAAACGAUUUGGAGCAAAGUACAGGCAACGAAGUCGUAGGUUAUAAUGAGGAUGCGAUGCGAGAAAGAUGUAGUGGCGGGUAUCGGCGUAGUGAUCUACGCCACUUUGGACCACGAGAUGAACGAGGGCGAAGAGGUGAUCAUCAGUAACGAGCUCGAGCAGUUAAUUACCGACAUGAUAACCGACGAUUUCAACAAUAUCUCACAGACACAUCACGAAACAGACGAUGAAGGCAUCGAAAGGGAUUCAGAAGAGCAUUUUGAAGCGGGUACUUCGAAGUGUAACGGCGAACAAAAUCGGGUUCCUUUGACGGAAGUUAUUAGCAGAUGCGAGGCGCAUUUGGGCACCCUCACAAAAGCCCAAGCGGAAGCUCACUAUAAA